AUGAGUAGUGAUGAUUUAAUAUUUAUACCUGCAAGAGAUGAAUUAAGGAUUAAACAAGAUGAUAGAGAAGAAAUUAUAAGAUUGGUUAGAGAUAUAACUAGUUAUUCCAAAAAAUGUAUAUUUUCAUGUCAUAGAUCAAUUGGUUUAAAGAAAUUGAAAUCUGAAUUAUUGGAAUAUUUUAAAAUACUAAGUGAUAGAUUGAAAAAGAUUCGUAUAAUGUAUAUUACAAAUUUACAUUUGAGAGGUAAUAUAUCGGGAGCAAUUGAAGAAUUGAUUGAAUUUUUCACAUUUGCAUAUUUUAAAAAUACUGGUAAAUUAUUACCAUAUAAUGAUUUUAUAAUAAUGAUUAAAUGUUUAAUAUUGGAAAAAUUUGAAUUUAUAGAUUAUUUAAUAGAGGAUAAAGAAUUGGAGAAAGUAGAUGAUGAAAUAGAGAUUGAUUUUAUUGAUACUUCAGAUUAUCUUAUGGGAUUAUUUGAUUGUACGGGUGAAAUCAUGAGAUUAUCAAUAUCACAAUCAACAAACACGUCUGGUAAUUUUAAAGCUAAAGAAACAUGGGAGAACUAUAAAUUCUUACAGAAACUAUAUGAGCAAUUUAUUAUCUUGGUGCAGUUAUACCCUGGUAUUUCAAUAUAUAAGGGAAUUUAUGAUAACUCAAUAAAUUCAAAAGGUAGCAUAUCGUUUAAAAAGAAAUUGGAAGUAUUUGAAUCAUCAGUAAAGAAAAUUGAAGCUACAUUAAUUGAUAUGCUAGUAUCAGAUAAAGAAAUUAUAUAG